AUGGCCGCCCAGGUAGCACGACACGGCCUAAUCAUGCGCAAGGCCUUCUGCGUCACCAACCACGAGGCCAUAAACUGGUUCCCGGGACACAUGGCGAAGGGCUUGGACCAGAUGCAGCGGAAACUCAAAUCAGUCGACUGCGUGAUUGAGGUCCAUGACGCGCGAAUCCCCAUCUCAGGCCGCAACCCGCUCUUCGAAAAACGCCUAGGCAUAUCCUCGCUUAAGCCGCACAUCCUGAUCAUGAAUAAAAUGGACCUGGCCGACCGCAAGCAGAGUGCGAGUGUGAAGCGUUACUAUGAGAAGGAGGGCGUGUCCGAGCUUAUAUUUACGAACUGCAAGCGACCGGACAGCCCUGGGGUGAAGAGUAUCGUCCGGAAGCUGGCGAGGGUCAUCAAGGACUCCGAGAGGUAUAAUCGCUCGGAGGAAACGACGUACACUGCCAUGGUGAUCGGGAUUCCUAAUGUCGGGAAGUCGUCGCUGAUCAAUGCGCUGCGGUCCAAGCAUCUGCGGAAGAGUAAGGCCACGAAGGUCGGCGCCCUGCCCGGCAUAACGCAGAGUGUGCUGGAGAGGAUCAAGGUGUGUGAGGACCCCAAGGUGUACCUGCUGGACACUCCCGGCGUCCUGGCCCCGCGGAUCAAGGAUGUGGAGAUGGGCCUCAAGCUCGCCCUCGCUGCCACCAUCAAAGACCAUCUGGUGGGCGAGGAUAUCAUUGCCGAUUACCUCCUCUAUAGACUCAACCUCGCCGGCAACCACAAGUACGUCAAUUUUCUGGGCCUUGACGAACCCACGGACAACAUACAGGACCUGCUCGUGUCUGCGGCCGUGAGGAACAACUGGCUUCUGAGGGUUCGGGACCAUCGCGGGAUCAACACCUGCCCGGACAUCCUCGCCACCUCAAGCAAAUUCAUCCGCGCCUUCAGGGACGGAACAUUCGGGAAGAUAAGCCUGGACGACGUACCCUAGGCUGAGACGUGCGGCCUGGGGUGUGAGGGUGUGUAGGCUCAAGGCUGUAAGAGGAUGUGUAUAUAAGAUAGUGUGUUAGUGAAUAGGUGUUAAAAAGUUCCUGGUGUGACUACCUAAGGGUGACUGGUGUGGCCUGGAGUGUGAGGGUGUAAUUAGGGUGAAGAAAUAUACACGCACCCUUCCUGUAAGUUAUAUCAGAAGGGUGCAGGGUGCUGGUGAUUGCAUAAGGUGUGAGGUGUUGCAAGGUGGGAGGAGGGUGAGAGCUACUGUCUAUAGGUUUUGGGGAUAUCCGUAUAUGAAAGACAAGAAAAGCUGAAGAAGGGUUUGAAGAAGAUAGAGUGUAAGUGGAGGGCAAAGAUUCUAGUCUUCAACCCGGUAGCAGCGGGGAUCAUGUUUCUUAAUGGUCCCUCUAAGCGAGAAAAAUGAGAAAAAAUCAUCACUCACACAAACCAUUUCAUAAUAUAUAUCAAAGCAUUUGUGAUCAGUUUAUGUAUCAUCUAUUUUGGGGGGUUUAUAUCAUGGCACAAAUUUGGCCCGUCGCUGCUACACGGUAAAGCCACAAAUUUGGCCCAUCGCUGCUACACGGUAAAGCCACAAAUUUGGCCCGUCGCUGCUACACGGUAAAGACACAAAUUUGGCCCGUCGCUGCUACACGGUAAAGCCACAAAUUUGGCCCGUCGCUGCUACACGGUAAAGCCACAAAUUUGGCCCGUCGCUGCUACACGGUAAAGACACAAAUUUGGCCCGUCGCUGCUACACGGUAAAGACACAAAUUUGGCCCGUCGCUGCUACCGGGUUAAGCCUUCUCUAUACUUCUUGGUGAGGCAGUGAGGGUGGAAAGACAAGGGAAAGGUAGAAAAAGAUGAAGGAGAAGAAGGGUGUGAAGAAGAUAGAGUGUCAGUUGAGGGGAAAGAUUCUAGUCCUUAAGCCCUCUGUAGACUCCUUGGUGAGGUAACGAGGGUGGAAAGACGAGGGUGUUUUUUUGGAAAGGUAGAAGAAGAAGAAGAAGAAGCAGAAGGGUGUGAAGAAGAGAGUGUCAGUGGAGGGCAAAGAUUCUAGUCCUUAAGCCCUCUUCUACUCCUUGGUGUGGGAAUAAGGGUGAGAAGACAAGGGUGCUGUUUUCAGGGUAGUGUGUUAAUACAAUGGGUUUUAAUAGUCUUCAGUAUUUUCACUUACUAGAAAUUGAUUUUACACCCUCCUUGAUCCUUUUAGAAGAGGAUUGGAUGCCUUGAUUCACCCCUUGAGUGGCCUUAAUUCUCAUAGUUUGUGAUAGUGACGUAGAAUUUCCUUAGCAAUAUUAUAGUAGAAACAUCCUAAACGGAGGGCUGUGGUGGGGUCAGAGACUACUUAAUAGCCGGUAUACUAGUGUUUCAACCAUUAACUCUGGAAGAAAUUAAAGAGAGCAAAAUUAUAUCACAACAAUAUGGAACAGAAGAAAAAAGAAAACUUAACAAAACUAAAAGACACAACAACGCCAAUCAACAAUCAAGAAUAAGUCAUAAUAAGCAAAAUAAGGCAAUCCCACGCCUACUUCUGGACUGGGCGGGGCGGGGCGGGGCGGGGCCUGUGACCAGCGCUGCCGUGUCUCCCAAAUCCACGAUGCGCAACUUGUGAUAUAUGUAAAAAGCGUCACAAAUUAUAAAACACUUUAGAACACACACCAAUACAGGUUUAACGUAAGAAUUAUGAUAUACCAAAGAAAAGUAAACUAGUUAUGUGUCUGAUAUUUAUACGGCAAUAAAGAAACAUGGCAUACAUAUUUUACAGGCGCUCAGAAAAUGUUACUUUUAUUUAACUUGUGCAGCAGUUCUAAGGUGGAUAAGGAAUGUAACAGUUAUAUUUACAAGAUAGUUCGAAGGAAUAUAAGUAGAAUAUAUGACGUUUUCUUAAUAUAAAUAAAUGUUAAACCUUUCACGAGCGGCAGCACUCCCAUUGACCCAGCCGAGCAUAAGUCGUGUGUCAAGUUCUUAUGCGUAGACACGGCAGCGCUGGAGACACCUGUUUGCCCUGCCCCCGACCGCACCCUGGCCCUUAUUUAGAGGUGGUAGUACUGUAGGAAGCCCUGGGUCAUUUGUAAGGUGUCCAUAGAGUGAUCGGUUUUGUUAGGAUUUUUUUAUAUCUAUUUACUUUGUUAUUUAUUUUUUGUUAUCAUGUUUCUCACUGUCUGCUUGAGAGAAGAUGUUUGUUGAAUGUUGAAAAUUGUCUUUGAAGUUAAAUGCAGUUAAGAAUUUUUGUUUAUAUAUAUUUUGUUAUUUUAAUUUUUGUAUUCAUGUUUCUCACUGCCUGUUCAAGAGAAGAGUGUGUAGAAAGUAUGUUGAGUUUUGUUUUGAAGAUCUGAUUAUGCAUAGUUAAGAAUGCAUAUAUACUCCUCACUCAAAAAAUUGUAUAACACAUUGUAAUCACAGUUUUAUGUAUCCCACAUUAACA